UUUUCUCUCGCUGCUCAUUGGUCGCGGCUCCCGCAUCGCAGCGAGGUCUCCAUUCAUACACCCGGGCGCUGCUUUUCAGACACUUUCUUCUCUCUAAAUAACUCACUGUCAACAUCUUUGGGAGAAGAAAAAAAAAACGGGCUUCGCCUGCACGGGACUUAAUUACGUAGCAUUUGGCGGUGGGGCUGAUUCGAUCGAAAUAUUCAGAUCCAACGACCGAGAGAAAAAAAUAAAACGACAGAGCCCAGGACACUGAUCACCCUUGGGCCUGUCUGUCAAGUAGACAUGUUUCAAACUGUCCCUGACACGUCGUCUUACGUCAAGGUAAGACACCACCGUCUCUUCGAUCAGGAGGCGCUUUCAGUGGUGAGUGAAGACCAGUCCCUAUUCGAGCCUCCGUACGCUGCUGCUGCCCCUCUCCCCAAGACAGACAUGACUGCAUCUGGCACACAGGACUACGGCCAGACACACAAAAUAAACCCCUUACCCCCACAGCAGGAGUGGAUCAACCAGCCGGUGCGGGUCAACGUCAAGAGAGAAUAUGAGCACAUGAAUGGAUCUAGCAGGGAGUCUCCAGUGGACUGCAGUGUGGGUAAAUGCAAUAAGCUUGUGGGGAGUAAUGACACAUCUCAGAUGAACUAUGGAAACUACAUGGAUGAGAAGAACGCCCCUCCCCCCAACAUGACCACCAAUGAGCGCAGAGUCAUAGUACCGGCAGACCCCUCCUUGUGGUCUCAGGACCACGUGCGGCAGUGGCUGGAGUGGGCCAUCAAGGAGUACGGCCUGUUAGAGAUCGACACGGCCAUGUUUCACAACACAGACGGCAAGGAGCUCUGCAAGAUGGGCAAGGACGACUUUCUCCGGCUCACCACCAUGUACAAUGCCGAAGUGCUUCUCUCUCAUCUCAAUUACCUCAGGGAAAGUAGCUCAUCAUUAUCCUACAAUACGCCAUCUCACGCAGACCCAUCCCCACGUCUGGUUGCCAAGGAGGACCCUUCAUACGAUGCUGUACGGAGGACGGGAUGGUCAAACAACAUGCACAGCGGCAAAGGUUCACCAGUGGUUACUCAGAAUGUGACCAAGUCCACCGAGCAGCCCAGACCUCAGCCAGAUCCUUACCAGAUUCUGGGUCCCACCAGCAGCCGCCUAGCUAAUCCAGGUUCAGGCCAGAUCCAACUGUGGCAGUUCCUCCUGGAGCUCCUGUCCGACAGCGCCAACGCCGGCUGCAUCACCUGGGAGGGCACCAACGGCGAGUUCAAGAUGACCGACCCGGAUGAGGUGGCGCGGCGCUGGGGCGAGCGCAAGAGCAAACCCAACAUGAACUACGACAAGCUGAGCCGCGCGCUGCGCUACUACUACGACAAGAAUAUCAUGACCAAGGUGCACGGCAAGCGCUACGCCUACAAGUUCGACUUCCACGGCAUCGCCCAGGCGCUGCAGCCGCACCCCACCGAGUCCUCCAUGUACAAGUACCCCUCGGACCUAACCUACGUGCCUUCCUACCACGCCCACCAGCAGAAGGUCAACUUUGUAUCCCCGCAUCCGCCCUCCAUGCCCGUCUCCUCCUCCAAUUUCUUUGGACCCACCGCCCCGUACUGGAGCUCGCCCACGGCGGGCAUCUACCCCAACCCGAAUGUCCAGCGCCACCCUAACACCCAUGUGCCGUCCCACCUGGGUAGUUACUACUAAACACCCGGCUGUGUCCCUCCGUCUCGCCCUACAAACACCCACCAAACAAAGCUCACCAUUGAUGACCGGCACCCCCCCUCCUGAUGCCUGCGAGACGAAGGAGAGUCCUUAAUGAAGGACGAUCAAAUCCAAGGAUUUUUUUAAAACGUUAUCUGUAAGAAUCUAUUAAAAAAACUGGAUGCUACGGCCCAAAAUGGAAUACUACUUACUUUUACCAGACUAGCAACAAUGUUUUACUGCUUUUUUCGACGCGCGUCUUUGUUUCCUACUCUCCAAAACUUGCCCGAGCAAUGCAGGACGGCAGGAUGACCCGAGUCCGGCUCUCGUGUCUCGCACCGCUUCAGACCCAGACAUGGGCCUGUUUUUUUUUAAUGGGUCUCAAUCUACAUCCUCCUCAGUGCGUCGUGUACGUUACGCUUUGAGCACCUGACUUGUCCCACCCCACCCAGCCUUCUCCGUCUGCUCGCCCUGGUCAUGUGUGUGUGCGUGAGAGUCUUCUGGAAUUUGCUGGAUGAGAAGGAGCUCUCAAAGAGUUGGACUUUUCUCAGCACUGAAUGAAAUUUGGCAACUGGAAUGUGCCAUUCAUCAUUUUAUUUAUCCUCCAAACUGGAAAAGCUAGAGAAGAGUUAAAUUCCGGAGAAGGAAGCGCUGUAUGUUUUUCUGACUCGGGUCAACUUUGUUACUUUAAAAUGCCUUCUGUGUGCUGUGUGCGUGGAGCUGGAGACGGGCGGCGUGUACAGUUGACUUCGACCGCGACCGAGGAAGUCGAGAUGUAAUUGAAGUAAUUUGUAACAGUAACUCAACCCAGGUCAGAUGUUUUCAGGGGGGGGGCACACACAAGGCUAAAUGUUCUUCCUUGCUGUUGCCUCUCAGCCAUGCCGUUUCCAGAUGUUUUGUUGCUCGACCAUAUCAGUAUUAAUGUGAAUGUCUUCUGGUUUGUGAAACACGAAAAAAAGGGGACACCCUGCAGCAAAAUCAAAAUUUGUCAGAUGUUUUUAUCUUUUUUAAUGAAAACAAUGACGUCAUGUUUGCUGCACAUGCCUGAAUCUAAAACAUGAAAGUGCCUUUUUCUUCCCAGAUGUUUUCUGAACAAUAAGACUGUAUGUUGUUUGGAUGCAUUGUUUUAGCCAACGUGCCUGAUGCCAGAACCUUACCUUCACAGUGUCUUGACUAAUGUUUUCAGCUACAUUUUCUAUUCAUUAUAGACAAAAUAGUCAUCAUCAACCUCCAUAUCUCACUAGAAAUCUGACAAUUUUUGAUUUUGAAGUGCAUCCUGUAGUCAGCGGUUGCCACAGUGUCUCCCUCUUCUUUGUAGGCCAGUCGGGACGUUUUGUAGGUCGGCACAGAGAGGUGGCUUAGCAUUUAGUCAGGUUAAAGGUGCAAGAUACGAGAUUAGGAGCAUUGCGAUGGACUCUCAACAUGGCGACGCCCACGCCGAGGAAGGUAGGGGGGGGGGGGGGGGGCAGUGGCUAAUGUUGCUAACGGCGUUAAACGAUUCAAACUUACGCAAUAGUGCUGUCAGAGCUGAAGGUGUUUACCUGGACGGUAAAUGUUGGAUCGGGACGACGUUAUCAGCUGUGUCCGUCGUGUGGCUGUGAGCUGUAACAUCUGGAGCGCGCUCACGUGCACUAAAAGCAUGCAUGCACGUCCAUUGGCUCCAUCGACAAAGCAAGGCGAAGCUCUGACAACACACGCAGAGGGAGAGUGACUUCAUUCUGUGCGCAGGUAGACAUUACUCCACUAUAUCAUUACAUAGCAAAUAGCUGUUUGCUGCUAUAUUAAUGCUCUGAAUGUCGUAUAUUGCUCCUUUAAUAGGCAGUUAAGUAGUAUUUUACCGGGGCUGGAUCCUAGUUUGAGAGCAGCAUGUGUGUUUGAAUGUUAGUUUCUCACUGAUCUAAAGCCCAGCAAAAUGCACAUGAAUCUCAAGUCAGAAUUGCAUCAUCAUGUCGUAUUUCGUAUCAUGUCAAAACAUAUCCGCCUUCAGGUGUUCAAAGCUGUUGAUAGCAGAAGUAUUUUUUUCAGAGUAACUGAAAAUGGACACUUGAAAAUAAAUUACUUGGGACUAAGUAGUUUUUCAGAGGACAAAACCAAUAAAGUAUGACGAGAUGAAACAAAGAAAUCCUCAGAUUCGCAAACGCUGUGCGUUUGUCAGACCUAUUUUUUAUUGUUUUGUAAGCAUCAGUCAACUAGGCAUUAAAGCAACUUACUGUAUAAAUUAUGCAGAGUUAUUUUCAUAUGUGACACAGUAUAAAAAGUCAAGAGAAUUAAUACGAGUUGACCUCGGUCAAAAAUGCAAACCUUUGAAGUCCAUUUCUGCUAAGUAGUUUGUUCCGCAUUUUAAGCGUUUUUAUAUAUCUGUACAUUUGGGCAAUACAUUUUUAAAUUUUGUUAUUGUUAUUAUUUCUGAAAUUUGGUUGUUACAUCCUAAGUGUCUUUACCUGCACGCUAUAUUUUCUUGUAUUACCAAAACCACAAAUGCGUGCUUGAAUCAUAACCCGGGAUUCCUUCGCUUUAUAUGCAACAUGUGAGUAUGAUGAAGUUUUACGCCAAAUAGACCUGGAAUUUGAGAGCUUUUCCUGUGCAUUAGAUUUCAGGUGUAUUAUGCAAAACAACACAAACAGUAUUAACAUCCACAACCAGCUUCUCCUGAAGGCUUAUAGCUUCAAAACAAUGAAUGAAAAAGGGGACUUGUAAUUUGUAGCAUAAAGAAAGUAUUCUAAUGUACCCUUAAUUUCCAUGUUUCACAAGCAUUAUCGAUGAAAAGGGAUCUGUGCUACUUCGUAUAUGCAAUGUAUUUCGGAUAUCAAAUAUAUAUAUAUACAUACAUAUAUAUAUAUAUAUGUAUGUGUGUAUAAUUUUACAAUUAACCAAUAUAUUAUUAUUAAUGUCAUUCCUGCAAUGUAUGAAGCAAUACCUUUUGAAAAAGGGCUUUUGUAUAGGAAAAUGUGACAAAAUAAAUGUUUUUACCUCUCAAGUUA